AUGGAGCUCAAGCACCUCCUUGCUCUUCUGCCUCUUCUCAGCCCAGCUGCUGCGGAGACCGUCCUGGGCGCCUACAUCUUCCACCGCCAUGGAGAUCGUACCACAAAGUCCUGGCCUCCUACCAGCUUGACUGCUCUCGGUGCUGACCAGGUCUACGUCUCCGGCAACUACUUCCGCAACCGUUGGAUUUCUGCCAAUGCUAGUCAUCAGGUCAACACAAUGGCCACCGACAUUGCUGUGCUCUCUCAGAUGAGCGUCACUGCCCCCAUCGACAAUGUCCUGCAGAACUCGGCUCAGGUGUUCCUGCAGGGUCUGUACCCUCCCGCCGGAGAUGCUGCCGUUCAGACUCUUGCCAAUGGUAGCGACACGGAGGCACCUCUUGGCGGAUACCAAUACAUCCCCGUCAAUGCCGUCAGCAACGCCGCCAGCAGCGGGUCUGCUGAGGACAAUGAGUGGCUCCAGGCUGGUUCCGGCUGCGGCAAGGCUGUAGUGAGCAGCAAUGACUACUUCAAGAGCACAGAGUAUCUUGACACUCUGGAUCGGACAACCGAUUUCUACCAAAACCUCCUACCGGUCAUUAACACGACCUUCUCGGCUGACAAGGCAAGCUUCAAGAACGGCUACACUAUCUUCGACUAUGUCCACGUCUCUAUGAUUCACAACGCUACUAUUCCUUCUCUCCCGCUCCUCACGAACGAGACGCUCUUCCAGCUGCAGACUCUGGCUGACCAACAUGAGUGGGGUCUUGCAUACAACGAGUCCGAGCCUGUGCGUGCCAUUGCCGGCUCUGUGCUUGCUGCUCAGAUCCUGCAGUCUCUUAACACGACCAUGACGGCAUCUGUCACCAAGAAGUCGGCCCAGAAGAUUGGUAUCCAAUUUGGUGCCUACGCCACAUUCAUGUCCUUCUUUGGUCUGGCCAACAUGACCGCCGCGUCCGAGGACUUCAAGGGAAUUGUUGACUACGCUUCUAGCAUCGCCUUUGAGCUCGUCACAAACACCUCACUGGACAGCGUCACUGGUGCCAUUGAUCCUGCUGAUGUGUCUGUGCGCUUCCUCUUCAGCAAUGGCUCUGCCAGCGAUGCCAACCCACCAAAGGAAUUCGCCAUGUUCGGCCAAAGCGAGACUCUUCUACCGUACAACACCUUCGUCAAUGAGAUGAACAAGUUCUCCAUCGGCGACACUGCAUCCUGGUGCAAGGCAUGCGGCAACAGCACCGGUGUCUGUGCCUCAUCCACCGACUCCGGCUCUGGCAGCACUGCCACUGGAACCACUAGCUCAGACAACAACGGCGGCGGCAGCAGUGGUGUGUCUAAGCCUGUUGCUGGUGUGAUCGGAGCGCUGGUUACUCUCGUAGUGAUCCUCGCCAUUGAGGGAUUAGUAAUGGCUGUUGCUGGACUGAGACUGGUGAAGAAGAGAAGCCAGGCAGCCGCCGCGGCAAACAAUGCUCCUCUUACUUCAGAGGCGAAAGACUAG